UAUCCGUUUAAUGUGCUCUUUGACACUUCUGUUAAGGGAAAAGGACGAAGUUGGUCUCAGAAAGUAGUUGGAAACUCCUUAUUUUCCAAGUAAUGCUUUCAGAAUAUGUUCUAGGUAUGACUUUGUUGGUGCUCCUGUCUUAAAAGUGCAGAUGUUUCAAGUGAACUGGUUACAUGUUGCAUAAGGUUUGAAAAAGCCAAAAGAAGUUAAAUAGCCACCUUUAUUUACGGCUGCAGGACUAGGUAUUAGAUUGCUUCCAGGAAGAAAAUAUGAUUAAUGGCUCUUUUCCAGAGGGGGGACAAUUGCAGACUUUUCUUCCGCAGAGCGUGAAAUGUACCUCUUCCUGCCGAGGGGCUGUGUCCUCGCGCGGCUCCCGGAGCCGUUUCCCAGCCUCAGGUGUCUCUCGCCGCAGGCUGCGGCCGCUCUCUGGAGCGAGCGUCCGGGACUUCCUGUCUGGGCGCGGGGCGGAAGGAUCGCGUUGCCAGCUGCGGCGGCCGCCACAGCCACAGCCGCCGCCGCCGCCGCCGCCGCCCCUGCCCCUGCCGCCCCUGCCCCUGCCGUUAGGUGGUGGGGUUUCUCAGCCCGGCGGCGGGAGGCGGGCCGGCCUCGGCUUCCUGUCGGAGGACGCGCAAGGAUCCGGGCGUCGGAGUGUGUGCGAGUGCGUGAGUGUGUGUCGGUCGCACGGCGUGUGUCUCCGGCCGCGGGUUCCGCCUCCUCCCCUGCCGCCGCUGCUCACGGUGUAAGUCAAUGUGAAGCAGCAGCUCCAGCCCCGGGAUAAACAUGGCGACGUCUCUGCAUGAGGGACCCACGAACCAGCUGGAUCUGCUCAUCCGGGCCGUGGAAGCAUCAGUUCAUAGCAGUAAUGCACACUGUACAGAUAAGACAAUUGAAGCUGCUGAAGCCCUGCUUCAUAUGGAAUCUCCUACCUGCUUGAGGGAUUCAAGAAGUCCUGUGGAAGUGUUUGUUCCUCCUUGUGUAUCAACUCCAGAAUUUAUCCAUGCUGCUAUGAGGCCAGAUGUCAUUACAGAAACCGUAGUGGAGGUGUCAACUGAAGAGUCUGAACCCAUGGAUACCUCUCCUAUUCCAACAUCACCAGAUAGCCAUGAACCAAUGAAAAAGAAAAAAGUUGGCCGUAAACCAAAGACCCAGCAAUCACCAAUUUCCAAUGGGUCUCCUGAGUUAGGUAUAAAGAAGAAACCAAGAGAAGGAAAAGGAAACACAACCUAUUUGUGGGAGUUUCUUUUAGAUCUACUUCAAGAUAAAAAUACUUGUCCCAGGUAUAUUAAAUGGACUCAGAGAGAAAAAGGCAUAUUCAAGCUGGUGGAUUCAAAGGCUGUCUCUAAGCUUUGGGGAAAGCAUAAGAACAAACCAGACAUGAACUAUGAAACCAUGGGACGAGCUUUGAGAUACUACUACCAAAGGGGAAUUCUUGCAAAGGUUGAAGGACAGAGGCUUGUAUAUCAGUUCAAGGAUAUGCCGAAAAACAUAGUGGUCAUAGAUGAUGACAAAAGUGAAACCUGUAAUGAAGAUUUAGCAGGAACUACUGAUGAAAAAUCAUUAGAACGAGUGUCACUGUCCGCAGAAAGUCUCCUGAAAGCAGCAUCCUCUGUUCGCAGUGGAAAAAAUUCAUCCCCUAUAAACUGCUCCAGAGCAGAGAAGGGUGUAGCUAGAGUUGUGAAUAUCACGUCCCCUGGGCAUGAUGCUUCAUCCAGGUCUCCUACUACCACUGCAUCUGUGUCAGCAACAGCAGCUCCAAGGACAGUUCGUGUGGCAAUGCAGGUACCUGUUGUAAUGACAUCAUUGGGUCAGAAAAUUUCAACUGUGGCAGUUCAGUCAGUUAAUGCAGGUGCACCAUUAAUAACCAGCACUAGUCCAACAACAGCGACCUCUCCAAAGGUAGUCAUUCAGACAAUCCCUACUGUGAUGCCAGCUUCUACUGAAAAUGGAGACAAAAUCACCAUGCAGCCUGCCAAAAUUAUUACCAUCCCAGCUACACAGCUUGCACAGUGUCAACUGCAGACAAAGUCAAAUCUGACUGGAUCAGGAAGCAUUAACAUUGUUGGAACCCCAUUGGCUGUGAGAGCACUUACCCCUGUUUCAAUAGCCCAUGGUACACCUGUAAUGAGACUAUCAAUGCCUACUCAGCAGGCAUCUGGCCAGACUCCUCCUCGAGUUAUCAGUGCAGUCAUAAAGGGGCCAGAGGUUAAAUCGGAAGCAGUGGUAAAAAAGCAAGAACAUGAUGUGAAAACUUUGCAGCUAGUAGAAGAAAAACCAGCAGAUGGAAAUAAGACAGUGACCCACGUAGUGGUUGUCAGUGCGCCUUCAGCUAUUGCCCUUCCUGUAACUAUGAAAACAGAAGGACUAGUGACAUGUGAGAAAUAAAAUAGCAGCUCCACCAUGGACUUCAGGCUGUUAGUGGCAGUACUGACAUAAACAUUUGCAAGGGAAGUCAUCAAGAAAAGUCAAAGAAGACUUUAAAACAUUUUUAAUGCAUAUACGA